AUGGCAACACCGUCCUCAAAGGAGGCGCGGAGGAACUUGCACAAGGCAAGUGCUGCCCGCGAGCGGCUGACGGAGGGAAGUCGCCGCCGUGCGCCCGUCUUGCGGGGACCCAAUGAGGAGGAAAGAGAGCGGGGCUCUUUGCGGAGGCGCCACUCAACCGCCCUCGCCCCAACACGCCGCACGUUAAACCGACUCACUGUGGCGCCGCCGGCGAGCACUAGACGACCCACCUCAAGUAUCGCAGAAAUGAGCGCCUCGUCGACGGCACCGCUGCCGCGUCCAUUAGGAGGCGUGCGGCCAUCAUUGCGUCUCGGCACGAUAAAAAAGUCGUUGCCUGCCACACCGUCUCGCAGGGCGACAUCCAGUAUUUUGAGUGAAUCUCCGCCACCUGCAGCGCCCCUUUCCUCUGCUGCCACAAUAGCAAGUAUGCCGCUUGUGAUGCUCUCGCAUUCCUUUGAUGCCGCGUCGCGAGGCGUUGACGCUAAGGGGCAGAGUAGAGCGGACAGUAGCCGGGGCAGUGUUCCUUUCACCAUCACGGGGCCGUACCUGCGCGCCGCAGUGGUCAGGGCAAGUGCCUCUCUCUGGGCCGCGAACGAAGAAACUGGCACAAUUGACAUUUACAGCAGCGUCUCCGGGGCACUGUCGACGCGGAUUCCCGCACGUACCGCAGCAACUGGCGACAUCAUCAAGCCAAUGGCAAUGAAGGCGACGCCGCACCAUCUCUGGCUGGGCUACGAGGAUGGAACCGUAGUGGUGCACGACCACCUUUGCCUUGUGCAGCUAACGAUGGGACAUUUCCAUAUGGCACCUGUCGUAGCCUUUUGUGUUUUGGGCAGUGGUAUUACAGUAAGUGGCUCUAUUGACAUGGUGCUGGUUCGCUGGGAUAGGGAAGAAAAGAAUUUUGAGGCCAUCUCACGCAUAGAUGGUGUGACUGAGUCCCACCAAGCCUUAACUUGCAUGGCGGCAUUCGGCAAUAACGUUGUCUUGUGCGGCUCCAUGGCUGGCGCCGUCGUGGCGGUCGAUUCUGCCUCUGGGCUGCAGGUCGCGACACUGCGCGGGCACACCAGUCGCGUGAACGCUCUCACCGUGAUGGAAGACCUCAUCUUCUCUGCCUCCGAAGAUGGCCACGUGAAUGUGUGGAAUGUGAGGAUCGAAGAGCCCUUUCCCGAGAUCACCUUGCAACGCAACUUCCAUUUACUGAAGUCUAUUCCUCUUCAGGUUGCCGUCCGCGACCUCGUCACGCACGAGGGAUCUCGCAGCCUGUGGGUGGCCUACACCGAUGGCCUCGUGGAGCGCUGGAGUGCAAACCCCGAUGAUGACUUUGGCGUCGAACAAGUGGUGCGUGAGGCGUUUAUCGACGUGGAUGAGCCCCAGGCUGGUGAGCAGCCGCGGUUUGAGGUCGUCUCCUUGGACUGCGUGCGGGAUGUGGAGACAGUUCGGGUGCUGGCACUGGGCAGCAACGGCAUCAGCAAGGUGUGGUGCGGCCACCGAAACACGUUGGAGGAGUCGUUGCAGCAGUCUAUCAAUGAUAUUAACGCCGUCAUCACCCAAGACACCACGGAGGCCGCCGCGUGGGAGCAGAAGGCCAUUGCACUGAAGCAGAAGGAGCUGCACCGCAAGCGAAAAUACGCGGAACUCCUGAAACGCCUGCAUGCCCGUCGUCUGCUUCUUGCGUACUACACCAAGUGGCGCGCAUGCAUUACUUCUCACCACCUGCGCGGUCGGCAGCAGGAAGAGAUUUGCCUCACCCUAGAGGAGCGUCACCAAUUUCGGCUUAUGCGUCGCUACUUUAGCACGUGGUGCCGCUUUUACGACGGGGAGCAGCGACGCUUCCGGCGACAACUCACCGCUGUUGCGCUGGAGCGGCUGUCCCGCCAGACGUGGGUGACACGACUGCUCUGUAGGUGGAGGGAGGCGGUCUCGCGUCGCAAGGCGCGGCGACAGCAGGGGGACGUGGUUAGAGCCUUGGCUCACGCGUCAAAUGGGGCGCUUUUAGCAAAAUUCUUUGCUCGUUGGAAGUAUUACGGCGCCGUGCGACGCGGGGCUCUGUCGGAUGACAAGCUUGCGCUUCUGGUUGGGAAGUCGCGGGGCCGCUUCCUGCGUCAGGCGUAUGAAAGCUGGAAAUUGGCCCACGCACGCCGGGAAGGAGAGGCGGCGGGGACCGCGGCAGGAACUGCGGCAACCGCUACCGAGGCACCCACAGCGAAAAGCGCAGUCUACGCCGCAGGAUUUGCGGAGGCGUAUGCAAAGGUGACAAGGGAGCGGGAGCGUCGUCGCGUGUUCACCAUGUGGCGUCGCUGGCACGUGUAUCGCACCAGAAUCGUCUCCUUGCGGGCGUUGGCCACUGUGCGGGAAAAGCAGUGUCACCGAAACAUCUUAUACUGGGCCCUGCUCUUCUGGCAGCUCUUUUGCAGGAAACGUCGCUUGGAGAGACUCGGGCGGGAGGUGCAGGAAGUUGAGCACCGUCUACGGACUGCGGAAGAGACGCAUCUCGACAUAUUCGAAAAGCUGCAACUGCAGAAGCGUCUGGAGCACCUGCGGCGGCAGCACGAGGAGGAGCAACGGCUUUUGCAUGAGGAGCUUGCGCGCACGCAGCAACUCAACGUCGACCGCGACGCGCUUCAGCACUCGUUGGAUCAGUCCGCCGGCGUGGAUGACGAUGCGACAACGAACGCGUCCAGUGCACUCUUCAGCCCCGCUGUGUUGCAGCAGCUGCCGGUGGGAGAAGCCACGGCGCUUGUCAUGGCGCGGCUGAAGGGCAUUGCACUCAACAUUUACACGGAUAUGCAGCUGUUUCGCCAGAUCAAAGACCGUCUGCGCUGCGGCACCUCGGCGGCGGUUGUCUUCCUUGAAGGCUUCCAGGAGGUGAAGCGGCUUGUCGUGAACUUGUCACGGAAGCAGCCAGGGCACGCGUGGCGCAGCGGCGAGCGAUGGCCGCUUACCGGCGAGGCCCUCGAAAACCUUCCACUGCACCCCUGCGCCACCGUCGUGCAGGCCAUCAAGUCGAUGGCGGUUGCCUACGACAUGGUCGGUGCCUCUGACGUAGAAACGGUGUCGGCAACAAGGGUGGAGAUUGUGGCCAAUGCAGACCUGCUGUUUAUGCUCUGGAGGGCAUGCUACACCGCCCGCAAGCCGCCACUUCCUGUAAACAAUAGAGUUGCCUCACGAUGUUAA